CUCGCAGUGUCGAUCGAAAGCCCGAGUCGAGAGCAACGCAGCAGCAGCAUAUUAACUCGUCGCUCGUGUCUCUCUCUCUCUCUCUCGUGUUUCUCCCACGACAAUCAGCGUGCGAUACUCUCUUCGUCCUCGCGUCAUCGCGCGCCUCUCCGGCUGUCUAUCUCGCAUCGACUGCAUCAUACUCACACGCGCAAUUACACAUAUACGUCAUCGUCGUCGUCUUUGUCGUCGUCGUCAUGCUGUUGGUCGUUGCAACGGCGAUCUUUUGCAUCGUCGCCGGCUCGCUCAGCUGCGAUCCGGUCGCGGCCUCGUUCCACCCGACCAAUUUCCACGAGCUGCAGCAGCUGCAUCAGCAUCAGCACCAGCAUGAGAAGAACAACGAUCACGACGAGUACUGGAGGCAGAGGGCGAGGAUACUGCAGAGCGAGGAGAAGAAGAUGCUCGGCGGUGACAUGAGCUUCGAGCGCAACGAGAGGCUGGCUAAUAAGCUGCUGAUGGACGCCAAGACCAAGGAGAUCGACGACGGCUUCCGAGACCCCAAGCAAUUUCUGCCGGCGCAGAGCUUCCUGCGAGCCGCCAGCUCGAUACGCAAGUCGCCGGUCUUCCAGAUAAUCGAGGACAUGCCCAAGGGCGCGGUGCUGCACGCCCACGACACGGCCAUCGUCUCGUCCGAGUACGUGUUCUGGAACAUCACGUAUCGGCCGAAUCUGUACGUGUGCGAGAUCGACGGCCAGCUCAAGUUUCACUUCUUCGCGCCGGGCGACGCGGCGCACCGGCCCGGCUGCGACUGGACCCUGCUGCAGGAGAUGCGCAAGUACGACCAGCACAGGACCGUCGACUACAGAAUCGCCCAGCAGCUGACGAUGGUCACGAGGAACGCCGAGCAGGCCUACGCGAACGUCGACGAGGCCUGGAGCAAGUUCAUGUCGAUCUUCAUCUUUCUCGGCCCUAUGCUCACCUACAGACCAGUUUUCGAGGACUACUUUUACCAAGGACUGCUGGAAUUUUAUAACGACAAUAUCAUCUACUUGGAGCUUCGCACGGUACUGCCGACGCUCUACGAUCUCGACGGCAAGCAGUACGGACCGAUCGAGGUGGCUCGAAUUUACAAACAAGUCGCCGAUAGAUUCUGCCGCGAUUAUCCGGACUUCGUCGGCGUCAAGCUUAUCUACGCGCCGCUGCGCAACGUACAGGAGCGCCAGCUCGAGGAAUUCCUCUCGACGGCUCGCGAGCUCGUGCGCGAGCUGCCCGACUUCGUGGCGGGCUUCGACCUGGUGGGCCAGGAGGACAAGGGCGUGCCCCUGGUGGAGUUCGCCGAGCAGCUGCGCGGCCUCGGCAACGCGUCCGCCACGCCGGUCCAUCUGUUCUUUCACGCCGGCGAGACCAACUGGUACGGCACGAGCACCGACGAGAAUCUCCUGGACGCGAUUCUCCUCGAUACCAAGAGGAUAGGCCACGGCUACGCCGUGCUCAAGCACCCCGAGCUGCUGGAGAUGAUACGCGAGAAGGGGAUCGCCAUCGAGGUGGCGCCCAUCUCGAAUCAGGUGCUGAGCCUGGUCAAGGACAUGCGCAAUCAUCCGGCGGCGGCGCUGUUCGCCGGCGACUAUCCCGUGGUCGUGUCGAACGACGACCCGGGCCUGUGGGGCGCGCAGGGCCUGAGCUACGACUUUUACGAGGCGUUCGUCGGCAUAAUGUCGCGCAACGCCGAUUUGAGGGCCCUGAAGAAGCUUGCCCUCAACUCCAUCAACUACUCGAGCAUGACGCAGGACCAGAAGAUCCGAGCUAUGGACAUCUGGAGGCGCAGGUGGGACGCCUUCGUCGCCAGGUUGAUCGAGUCGAUGAUCAACCGCAAGUGAGAGAAAGUGACGGUGCUUCCGUGAUGUGCUUCAGUGAUAUAUUUCCUUAUGCGACUGUUUUUCUCUAUAAUAUUCGAGUUUAUCGCGAGCAAAGUAAGCGAAGAUGCAAAGCAACUGAGCACUGCAUUGCUCGCAAUGAAAUUGACAACGCGACGGCCGGGCUUUCGAAGCGAGCGAUUUAACAAUCGAUACCGCGGCGGAUUUCGAUGUGUACAGACGAUUUUAAUUUUUAUACUUUUGUAACGAUUGUUAUAAUAAUUUUGCAUUCGUAUGAUCGAAGAGCAGUGACGGAUGCGCUAUCAUCUAAAAAUAAUUUUUACGUUUAUAAUGAUUUUUCUAGUCCCGGUAUACCGAUACGCGCGGUGCGUACGCAACUGCACGAUACGCGUAUCAUUGUCGUAUGAACAUUCGAUUGAUGAAUGAGAUGAAGAAAAUUGUUCUAAUUUUUAUUUAUUAAAUUAUUUUUGUAAUUUAUUGUAUAGAAAUAAAGAGAAAAAAACGACAGAAUAUCGUCGACAAGUUAA